AUGGCCUCCACUACUGCAGUAUCUAUGGCGCUGCCAUUGGCUCGGGCAACCCAAAAGCAGCAUCCAAGUAUGGGUUCUUUCCUCAAGCCAUUACAUGUGAGGCAAUCAAAGGCAAUUGCAGCAUCAAAACCUGUUGGAAGAUUUGAAGUUAAGGCUUCACUUAAGGAUAAAGCAGUUACCGGAUUGACAGCGGCCGCAUUGACUGCUUCGAUGAUCAUUCCUGAUGGAGCUGAGGCUGCCGUAUCUGGUGUUUCGCCCUCCCUCAAGAACUUCUUGCUGAGUAUUGUAGCCGGAGGAGUCGUUCUUGGUGCAAUUCUUGGGGCUAUUAUUGGUGUUUCCAACUUUGAUCCUGUGAAGCGGGCCUAA